GGACGACAUCAGACCUGCGCCCUUUCGUCUUCCCAGGCGCAAUGAUGGCGCCGCCUGACGCGGCGCGCCCUGGUGAAGCCACGUUGCCUCCCUCUCCUUCCUCCUCACCUAUAUAAAGGCCUCCAUCCCCACUGCCUUCCUCACUUCUUCCUCGCGCGUCUCUCGAGUUUCACCGGUCAACUUCUCUCUCUUGCCCUCCAGCCCUCCGAGCCAAGUAAGCUCCCUUCUCUCUUCAGUUUUCAUUCCCGGUCCAUGUCUUCUUCUGAUAGUCAAGGUAUUUCUUCCUCGGAUGCCUGCGCAUCCGAGGAAUCUUCAACCUCCUCUUCUUCGACCGGGUCCUCUUUAUCCAGUUUCGAGACCCGGUCAGGCCCCAACACCACCAUCCCUAAACCGCAACCUGUUAACCAGACGCCCGGUCAGGUUUCUCAGGAGAGGGAUGAACCGGUUGACGAUGAGCCGGCUCCCUAUGACCCUGACAGCGAGUCGUAUGAGGGAUGGGUGAACCGGCUGGAUGCAGCCGGUUAUUUUCCUCUCCCUUCCAGCUACCCGCUUGACAUCUAUCCCCGGGUUUCUAAGAUUGCCCAAAACAAAGCCCGUAGGAAUCUCCCGGAGGGGUAUGUCCUUGAAUACGACCCUAACUGGCGCAAUAUCAUCGAGCCUCACCGGGACGAUAGGGUAGGGUUCCAUAUCAUCUCCCUGGAGAGUGGCACCGUCUUCCCCCUUCGCCCCCUUCUGGUCGAGUUGUGCCACUGUUUCAAGAUCCUCCCCGGGCAACUUACGCCCAAUGCCCACCGUUUUCUUAAUGCUUUUGUAAAUAUCUGCUCCCAUCUCAAAAUCGAUCCUUCUCUUCGCUUUUUCCUCUAUUUGUUUGAAGUCCUUCCCGGUAAGUUGGGUUGCGACGGCUACGCCUAUUUCAAGGGCCGUAACGGUCGCCAAUUCAUCUCUGACCUUCCACAAAGCAACCGGCUGUGGAAGGAAAAAUUUGUCUUUAUAAAAUUCCCCACCGUUUCUCCUUUGGCCGGCAUAAAGUGGAGCGACCACCUCCUGAAACCGCAAUACACUGAGCCGGCUAACGCUCCAGACUUGGAAGAAAGCUUGGAGAAACUCUUACAAGGGGACCCGUUCACCGGGCAAAUGUUCCAUUACGGGGCUUGGAUUUGGAGGAUUUCACCGGGUGGCACGGGUACCCCCCGGGCUGAUGAAGCAGCGGGGCACGGGGUACCCGCCCCGGGCAACACUGCGGAAGCUAGGGCUUUCAGUCACGCAGAGAUGAACUUCAGAGCAUUCAACAUCCCCACGAAGAAGACCGGCGGCUCCUCCUCUGCUGCCCCCAGAACUGUACCGGUGCAACUGGAACCGGUGGAGAUCAAUUCCGAGGAGGAAACUCCUCCGACCGGGAGGACCACGGUAAACCCUCCCCUGGACAAGGGGAAGGGGAAGGUCCGGACGAAGCAUGCCGCCACCACUCAUCCCUCAGCCAAGAGGAGGAGGGGAGAAAAUGUCCCGGCUUCAGAGUCGCUAGAGGAGCUCUGGGUAAAGAUGGGGCAGAAGUUGAAGGAGAUGGGCGAGGUUGGGCCCGAGACCUUGGAGAGGCUUGUUGAGGACUCCCCUCCCCGGUCACUCCAGCUGGAGGAGAAGCUGAAAGGAGUCGAGGCCCACAACCGGUCAUGGGUGAAAUACACCCAUCAGGGCCGAUAAUUAAUAUUUUCAUACGGAGUAUAUAUAUAGAUGCUCUCUCUAUCUUGAGACUUUUUUUUCUAGCUCACUUAACGAGAUUUGACUCAAAUUAUUUUAAAUUUAAUUUAUUUGGUUUUAAGUAUAAAAUUAAAAAAAUAAAAAUUAUAUAGUUAAAAAUUAUAUUAAAAAUUUUACAAAAAAAGAAAUGACGUGACUACAUUAUUUUAUGAAUUAAAUAACAAAAAUAAAUAGAAAAUGAUUAAAGUUUGAACAUAUGA